CUGCGUGAACAGAGACCUGUCCUCAUGUCUGGUGCAGUCAGCAUGGAGCUGUCCCCACCCCCCUCAGGUCUAGAAGCAGAAUAUGAGACACUUUUCACCACAGGCUCCCUCCUUUUCCUCCAUGAGCUGAUCUCCACAUUUGAUGAGGAGGUGGAUCAGGUCCUGCAGCUCCGAGUGUCCAGAAAGGCCCAUUUGGACCUCUCAGCUGACCUGCCAAGCUUUCUGGAAAGUACCACACAUAUCAGGAGGGACCCCGCCUGGAGGGUGCUCCCGGUCCCCCCGAGGCUCCAGAGAAGACAUGUGGAUAUCGGGGACCUGGCUCCCUGUGACACCCAGCGCUUCAUUAAAGCUCUGCAGUCAUCAGCACAAGGCAUACAGGUUGACUUUGAUGAUGGGAACUGUCCUACAUAUUACAACCAGAUCAAAGGCAUUCAUAACGUCUUUAAGGCAGUUCACAACCAGUUCCCCAAUGUUCCUCACAUAUCUCAGGCUCCAGUGCUGAUGCUUCGCCCUCGUGCCUGGAACAUGGUGGAGCACAACAUGAUGGUGGCAGGGAAGGAGGCUCCUGGUCCUCUCUUUGACUUUGGACUCCUCAUGUUUCACUGUGGAGAGACACUUUUUGAAAACAAGAGUGGACCCUUUUUCUACCUCUCAAAAGUGGAGAGCUUCAUGGAGGCCAGACUAUGGAACAAAAUAUUUGUCUGGACACAACAGAAGUUGGGCCUUCCGCUGGGCAGCAUUAAGGCGACGGUGCUAAUUGAAAAUGUAUUAGCAGCAUUUGAGAUGGAGGAGAUUCUCCACGAGCUGCGAGACCAUUCAGCAGGACUAAACUGUGGCAUCUGGGAUUAUUCAGCCUCCUUUGUCAAUAAAUUUGGUCACCGACAGGCCUUCCUGCUGCCCGACCGCAGUAAAUAUGUGAACAUGGAGAAGCGUUUUCUGCGCAGCUACAUGGACCUGCUGGUUCAGACAUGUCAUCGGAGGGGGGCGCUGGCCACAGGAGGCAUGGCAGCCCUGCUGCUGCCUCAGGACCCGCUCAGUGACUCCCACAGCAAAGUGUUGGCUACUGUCACCAGACUGAAGUUGCUGGAGAUCCAGGCAGGUGUGGACGGUUUCAUGGUGUAUGAUCUGAGCUUGAUUGAGCCCAUGCAGAAACUCUUCAAGCUCCACACUGAAGGAGAUAACCAGCUUUACCAGCUUCGACAUGAUGUCACUGUGACUCCUGAUGACCUGUUGUCCAUGCCUUUGGGAGGAGUCACCCUUUACGGUUUGAAGCAUAACAUUGCAGUUGGUGUCCUCUUUGUUAAUGCUUGGCUAUCAGGUAGAGGUCAUUUUUUCUACAGAGGCCAGGUCGAAGAUUCAGCCACAGCAGAGAUUUCCAGAUCACAGGUGUGGCAGUGGAUCCGUCACCAGACUCAGCUGGAGGACGACAGCAGGGUGGUGAGCCGGCGGCUGGUGACUGACCUCAUCAAGGAGCUCAUGAUGGAGCUCAGGGCUCUCUGUCACUCCGUUAGGGCUAAACAGAGGUUACACACAGCAGCGGACAUGUUCCUGGAAGUGGUCCUAAAGAGAGAUUUCCCAGAUUUUAUCACCACCUAUUUAAUUCAGGACCACACCUUUCUCAGCUCCCAGAACACUGAACAGGUGAAGGCUCUGAACACAGACUUGCCCCAACCCAAACUGUGAGCGUCCAGCAGAAGACUGUUCUCUGCUCAACAUGAGGAACAUGUUCUGGAUCCCGAGGGACUUCUACAGAUUGCAAUGAAAAUUUUUCUUUUAGCUAUUUCAUAGACUUAAUCAGUUAGUUACUAUGAGGAACUAUUCAUUUUGUGUUUAUUAGGUGAAUUUAAUUUCAUUUUAAUGGGUAAGUAAAAAUCAGGAAACACUUAUGUGUCAAAUUUGAUACCAUGGAUCAUGAAAGCAUUUUCACAGCCAGAAGUCAGGACCUGUACUGUGAUGAUGAUCCCUUCUUUUGCUUUACAUACUAAAUAAUAUUUAUACUAGCCAGCUACUAUCAACCAAACACUGCUCACCUUCUCCUCCUUCUGAUUAUUGUAUAUAAAGCUUUGGCUAAUACACAAAAUGUUAAAACUGAAGGAAUGUUGGAAGUAGAUGGUGAUCUAAAGAGGGUUUUUAAGAUAAAUCUAAAAACAAGAGUGAUAUUGUUGUACUGUAGCUAGCUUCAACAUUAAUCCAGAAUACCACUAAGAAAACACUACGUCACAGCCAGGCUGUGCCUCCUGGUUCCCCCUGUGCCUCUUCUUUUCGUCUGUGGGUACAGCCCAAGUCUCUUAAUUGUCAUUUCCUCGCUCCUCGCUUGAACCGGAAGUUGUUCUGCACCGCCAUAU